AUGGUUGAAAACAGAACGAGAAUGUGGAUUAUUCUGGCUUUGGUAAUAACAAUGGUUGAAGGAUCGAAUGAAAGUAUGUUUUGUAAAAAUAAAUGAUUUCACUUUAAAAUAUACAUUUUCAGAUGAAGACUAUGUUGGAUUAUUGUGGAAAGUUGCUUAUACUCCACCAGAACCUCCUAAAGAAUUUCUUCCAAUGGAUUUUGACACUGUCAAAAACCGUGCUGAUCUCAAAAAAUGCAAAAAAAGUUUAGAUUGUCCUUUGGAUUUUUUCUGCAACGAGCCAAUAUCGAAAAAAAUCAAUAAAAAGUUCUGUUAUCGUAGUAAGUUGAUUUAUUUGGGCACUAGAAUACGUUUCAUUCCUUAUUAGCUUUUUUUAAACAAAAAUUGUGGGUUGAGUUAUGAUAAGUUAGUCUCAUCGUUUCAUUUUGUUGUAAUCAUAUUUUUAUUCGACAGAAUAACAGUACUAAACCAUUGUUUUUCAGUUCCGACUUAUUCUCCUGAAAAGUAUUUUCAAUCGCUGAGUGAAAACGCAAUCGGUCUUCAUCUGUGUAAUAUUAACGAUCACCACUCUUCGAACAAAUGUUCAACAUGUCGGAAACCUGCUGAAAUAUCAAAAACCCCUGAUAAUGCCAAAUUGUUAUGGGGAAAUAAGCGCUAUGAUGGAUAUUGUUUCAAAGGUAAACUUUUAAAUUAUUCGAAAAUCAAGUAUACUUAUAAUGGUAUUUUUAUACAGAGAUUGAAGUAGGCUGCAAAAAUGGAAAAGUUGGUUACAAUAGAAAUGAAAUUGUUGAAUACUGUAAAGAAGAGAAAGGCGCAUUAUCUGCAUAUAUUUUUUCCAACCAAAAACGAAUUGUUUGCUGUCCACGAACUUAUUGCAAGCUGACAGGAACAAAAAAUAAUUUUCGAUCAAGUGAAUUGGAUCUCGAAUUAUUCGCUAUGUGUUCACAUGUUCGCUUUGGCGGAUCCGCUGGGUUAUCUGGUAAUUUGGCCAACAUUAUAAGUAAUAAAUUUGUUUUUUGUGAUGCCGAUAGUAUAAUAUGUCGUAAGUUUUUAUCAAUUCACAUAAAAUUUUAAAUUUCCACAUAUUUUCAGCAUACCCAUUUGCUUAUCAUUUGUUCAAAGAUCAUUUGAUGAAUUAUUCCGAAAUUCCAUCGGAAUUAUUACCAGAUGGUUUUAACAAUGUGCAAAAAACACCUAUCAAAUGCAAUAAUAACAAAGAUUGUGGCAAUAAUCGAUUCUGUGGGCCUUUUUUAUCAUUUCAAACCAAUCCGACAAACAAAAAAAGUUGCUAUUUACGAAAUCGAAAAUAUUAUGAUCAAAAAGCUGGAGACGACUGCAAUUUAGAUGAGAAUUGUUUGGAUGAAACUGGCAAACCAAAUUUGGGAAAAUUCAUUUGUACCGAAAAUUUGGAAACAAUGCUUUUGGCAUCGGAAGUCAAUUAUUGCUGGAAUGGUAUAUUUAUUCCAAAAAAUAUACCAUUUAAUUGAUUUUUUCAGCACCGCCAAUUCCAAAACCACAUAAACUGUCAGAAGCUAUGGAUGAAAAUGAAAUUGGCUUGCAUUUUUGUAAUACACCUGAUGAUUGCCCAUUGCUUCCCAUUGGAAGUUUUGUAUGCAUACAAUUUGGAAACGAUGUGACAUAUAUGGGAAUUGUGAAAGAUAGAAGAACAUUAUGUAAUGGAAUUUGUAUCAAAACAUCUCUUCCGAGUGAGUUUUCGGGAGGAAGUUGGAUAAAAAUUGCUAAAAUCUGAAAAAAUCAAAUUGAAUUAUUUUUGGAUAACUAGGAAGUCGUAGAAUUUAGGAAUUUGAAAAAAAAUACCUUUAAUUAUUUCAAAAUUCCGAAACUUGCCCAAAAAAACUAUGAGCUAUUGGAGUUUUAAAUUUUUCUAUUUUCCAAAAAAAUCAACUUAUAUCUAGUGAAUCUCGAGAAAUAAAUAACUGUCAUAUAAUAAUCCUUAUUUUAAUUUCAAAGAAGUGGUAAGUCAAACUGUGGCCGAUGUUUUCUGUCCGGACCUCCAAACAAAAUUAGCAAAUGAGCCAAAAUGUGAUUCAAAUGGAAUUUGCACAACUCAACGUGGAGCUGUCUGUAUAUUAGGUCAUUGUUGUCCAUCUUCAGAAUUCAAUAUGACAACAAUGGAAGUAAUUAAAGGAAAAUAUCAUUAUUUAACAGCAGAACCAUGUGAUCAUUUUGAUCAAUCAUAUCGCAAAUUAUGGUAUGCGUAUUGUGAUCCAGAAACAAGAAAUAUUGCAUAUUUUGGGAAUAUGUCAGAAUUCGAUGAACCACUUACAAUGCUCGAAUUCAACAAAUCGUGUUUAUCAUGGAAAUAUUGCCCAACUGGAUUUGUUUGUUUAUUUCAAAAUAUAAAAGACAAACUUGGAAAAUGUUAUCAUAAUCCAUUGAAACCAAUUGUUCCAAUUGAGAAGUUUGAUUUUGAAAUUCCUGAAGCCGAAAUUCCAGCAAGUAUUUAUGUAAUAUUAGUAACAUUAACAUUAGGAUUAUUUAUAAUUGCAUAUGCAAUUUAUGAAACUGAAACAAAUCGAAGAAAAAAUGAUGAAGAAAGAAUUGAACGUGCAAUUCGACAUCAAAUGGGUUUAGAUGAAGCUGGUGUUAUUGAAAUUGAUGAACAUAAUAGUGGAUAUAUCACUAUGUAA